AUGCGCAAGCGCCCAACACUCCCUGACUCUUUGGCACCCUGUCCUGCAUUCGAGCGUUAUUCUACAACGGUAACUUCUGUGGGGAACAUGACCGAAAAGAUGUAUUACUGGGGUGAAGAGAGGGACCCGGUUGACCCGGACCAGACCUUCAUAGAGUUCAAGGCGAAAAUAACUCCGGCCGGCGAGUCUUCGCGGGCCGGACCUAGAAAAAUCACAACGUCUCCGCAAGUCAGGAGUUGCAAUGAGCCGGUUGUGGGGGUGAGUCGGGAAGACGACGAGGAACGAGGAGGCUGGGGGAACAAACUCGACUUUUUGUUCUCGUGUAUCAGUGUGUCCGUCGGGCUGGGAAAUGUCUGGAGGUUUCCUUAUCUGUGUUACAAGAACGGCGGCGGAGCUUUUCUCGUUACUUAUGGAAUCGCCAUGGUUUUCUGUGGGAUCCCUAUUUUCUUCCAAGAAGUCGCUAUUGGACAGUACCUGGGGGCUGGGGGGAUGACACUUGUUGGACAGUUGUGUCCUAUUCUUCAAGGUGUUGGAUAUGCUACGAUGACAAUAGUCUUCUUCCUUGAUGUAUAUUACUGUAUAAUAAUAGCGUGGACACUAUUCUACCUCAUCAGCACAUUUGCUAGACUAACAAAAUUACCUUGGAGCUCAUGCGGUUAUAACUGGUGGAACACUGACGAUUGUUUCGACGCUUCCAAUGGCACGGAUUUAAAGAAAUUCACAGCGAGUCACUCGGUGAAUCUGAGCCAUAAUGAGAGUUAUCAUCACACUACACCCGUUGAAGAAUAUUGGGAGCGAAGAGUUCUGGGAAUCACCGGAGGUAUUGAAGAAAUCGGGGGCAUGCAGUGGGAGCUUCUAGGCUGUCUGAUGAUAGGAUGGCUGCUGGUUUACUUCAUUAUCCGCCGGGGACUCCAUCAGAGCGGUAAGAUAAUCUGGUUUUCAGCUUUGUUCCCGUACGUGGUGCUUUUCAUUCUUUUGGGAAGAGCUGUCACGCUGGACGGAGCCGAAACUGGUCUUCUCUACUACGUCACUCCGCGUUGGGAGGAACUUCUAAAACCCGGGCCUUGGAUAGAUGGCGCCACUCAGAUCUUCUUCGCAUACAGUAUUGGCACUGGGGCUCUACCCGCUCUCGGUUCUUACAAUAAAUUUCAUCAUAAUUGUUACAAUGGACCUGGUUUAGUGUUUUUGACAUAUCCUGAAGUUGUUUUGAAACUUGUUGGUGCUCCUGUCUGGGCUAUCAUAUUCUUCUUUAUGUUAAUUAUCCUGGGACUAGACAGUGAAUUCUGUAUAGUAGAGUCUUUCAUCACCGGAGUGGUAGAUAAUUGGCCUGACACUUUGCGACCCCACCGUAACAAGUUCACCGUAGCGAUUUGCAUUCUAAUGUUCCUGCUGGGUAUUCCCAUGGUUACUCACGGCGGAGUGUAUAUUUUCCAACUUAUGGACUUUUAUUCCGCGAGCGGGAUGUCCAUUCUCUGGGUGUGCUUCUUCCAGACAAUAGCAAUUUCUUGGAUCUUUGGGGCACAAAAGUUCUGCGACUGUGUUCAUCAAAUGAUGGGGAUUCGGCUUAACAAGUUUUGGUACAUCUGCUGGCUGGUGUUUGCGCCGGUUAUAAUGGCUUUCAUCUUCGUCUUCCAAUGUGUCCAAUACAAGCCCCUGAAAUACGGAAGCAAAUAUGAGUAUCCGACGUGGGCCGAAGUCGUCGGAUUUUGCCUGAGUUUUUCUUCUAUGAUAUGGAUACCUGCAUACGCUAUUUAUUACGUUCUCGCCACACCUGGUUCUAUCAAAGAGAACAUCCUGAAAGGAAUAAAACCAAACAUUAAAUCGAGGACAAAACUACCAACCGGAGAAAAAUCAGCGGUGAUUCCAAUGUCUGAGAGCAGCGCGGGAUUGAUAACAAAAAACAGUAGCUUUUUAAGUCAAACAUGA